GGGACUGGCCCAGCCUGGAGAUGGAUUCAUCGAACUUGUCGUCGACUUCUCAGUCAAAUGAUGGUACCCCAAUGUGGGGCAUGAUGUCUUCUGAAGAUGAGGAAGCACUGAAGGAUAAGUUCCAAGCUGAGAGCGAGAAGGUUAUCCACAUGUGGUCCCUUGGCAAGGCUUCAGCUGUUGAGAAAGAUGCUGCAGUUACAUUUUUGGUGCAGCUUGGAGCUGUACAAUUCUCUGUUCAGUCUGGCAGUAAUCUCAAAGAAUCUGAGAGAGUGUCGAUUCAUUUUGAGGAGGAUCAGCCAGUGGAGACACAGCAUGUUGCUGCUGAUGCAUUAAAGCCUGGAAAGUAUGUCUGCAAGAGAGAGAAAUCUGUUAGGUUGCCUAUAGCUUCACAACAAAACACUACCAAAGAGAUAAAUCCAGAGAGAAAGAAGUAUUCAUCAUCAUGGAUGACGGAAUCCGAUGAUGAUGUUGAUGAUGAUGAUGACUAUGACAUCCGACUACCAGUCAGCACUGAAAUAAAAGACCUGAGACUUAGAGAGUCGCCAAGAGAGACAUAUCCUUGUCCUGAUUGCCAUGCAAUCCUACACAGCACAUGGGAAUUAGAUCUUCACAAAUUGCAGGAUUGCGAAAAGGCCUUGAUUCGUCAUGUGUACAAUUGUGACCAGUGUACAAGGUCAUUUUUUAAAAAGGCCCUGAUGAUUUACCAUUUACGUAAAGUUCACAGUUGUAGCUUGAAUCCAUCUGAAAUAGUUCAUAAGCUUCAGGAACUGAAAAGUGCAAAAAGGCAAAAAAGUGAAAAGGAAAAAUAUGAAUUUGAGAGGAAAUCUGACAAGGCACCUACCCAAAAAUCUCACAGACGUCAAAGCCGGAAAGAAAGGAGAGAACAAAGAAAGAGGCGUAAGGCUGCAAGAAGAAAGAAAAGAUGUGAAGAGGAUGCUGCAGAACAAGAAGAAAAGAAUCUCAUGAUUAAUGAGGGAGAGCCUGCAGACGAUAACACAGAAAAUGAAUCGUCAGCUAUAUCACCAGUCUCAGAUGUCAGUGAAACUGAAACUAAGGAGGAGAGUCGUUGUUCAUUGACCAUACCCCAGAUGGAUGAUGACCAUCGAUCAGUUGAUGAGCGGGUAGAAGAAAACAGGGAUGCCCCUUCGAAUGACAUGAAAAGGGAAAAUGAAAAAAUAAUGGUCACCGAUGAUCAGGUGGACAAUGUAGAGUCGGAUGAAGCAAAUAGAAUUCGGGAAGCAUCCGAUAAAGGAACAAUAGAAGAUGAUCAGAGUGACUCUGCUACCAGACAAAAAUCAGCAGAAAAUGGGGGAAGUGCUAUCUUGUGCAUCCUUUGUGAUAUGCAAUUCGAGACAUUUCAUCAAAGAGGUAGACACAUGCUUGAGGAUCACAAGGAAUACGAGGAGCUGGCAUUCAAGUGCAGUACAUGUGGGAAGGCGUUUUUGCAGAAAUCUGUGUACACAACUCAUGUCAAAACCCAUAUGGACAAGGAGGAAAGGGAGAAACACUAUUGUGAAUUAUGUGGUAAUGUAUAUUUGUCAAAGUAUGAUCACAUUAUCCAUAUGGAAUGGCACAGCCAGAGAUACAAAUGCGAAACGUGUGGUAAGGUGCUUUCGACCAAAAGAACUCUUGAGAGGCACAUUAAUAGCGUUCACACCAAAGAGAUCAAGUUCCCCUGUGAGAUAUGUGGAAAGGAAUUCUACAAUCCAGAGCGGUUGAGAUGGCAUGCCCAGAAUCACAUAGCAGAAAGGGAAUUUGAAUGUGAUAUUUGCGGAAAAGCCUUCCUCCGUGCCCGUUCGCUGAAGAAGCACAAAGAACUUGUCCAUACGGAUGCAGGACAUUGCAUAUGCGAGGUGUGUGGAUCAGCUUUCAAGACUCCAGGGAAUCUGAGACAGCAUGCUCGAACUAUCCACUCUGAUGAAUAUAAGUACUGUUGUGAGAUCUGCGGUAAGAAAUUCAAGCGCUCAUCACACUUAAAUGCCCAUAUGAAGGUCCAUUCCGAUGAUCCAGCCGACAAGCGUUUCACAUGUCAACUCUGCGGGAAGGGUUUUAGAGUUCAAGCCAAGUUGACUGUUCAUAUGAAUUGGCAUUACGACAUCAGGUCGCAUACGUGUGAUGUUUGCGGUAAGUCGUUUCUGACCAAAGGUAACCUGACCAAACACAUGUUCAUCCAUCAGAACAAGAAACCCCAUCAAUGUCAUGUUUGUCUCCGGGAAUUCACAGAUCUGCCAGGGCUCAGGAAACAUCUGGAUGUUGUACAUAAGAUCAUCCUGAAGAAGGUAAUGACACAGAGAAAUCCUCAAGCAACCAAUUCAACAGAGCCAGCAAGGGUUGAUGAACCUGUUGAUAAACCUGAUACUAGGUUAUCUUCGCAAUCAGCUUCAGGGCCUGACCACACCAACAGUGAAAGUGCAGCAUUUGGUCAUCAGACCACCUUUGACAGAGGCAAUGAUGGUCAAGUCCCUGAAGCCUCUGUCGGGUAUGGAUCGUAUGCGCAGACUUGAUAUGUGAGCCCCUUAUAGAUUGUAAAGUCAAGGAAAAAUGGAAUAAAUAUUCUGUCUCGAAAUAUAUGUAUAUAAAAUGUGCCCCUUGUUUCCUUUCAUCCAAUCACAUAAAGUAAUGUAAUUACGUAGAAAUGACUUCGCAGUAUACUCUGAACAUUCAUAUGCAUGUAUUUACCAAACAAAUUUUUUUUGUAUGUUUUUACGAACAAGAUAUGAGGCAUGUUUGGGGAUAAAAUAGGCAAUUUCUUGUAAAAAAAAUACAGAAUUUGAAAAAUAUCGUAACUUUGAAGCCAUAUUUUUGGCAUGAAUAUUCUAUUUUGUGAUAUAUUUGAACGAGGGUCACUGUUGCCAUAUCAUUACAAAUAUGAGUAUCUCACUCACUGUUUUUCUUAGUUCUUGAUUUGGAGAAAUAUAGAGCAAAUUUCUCAUUUUAUUUACCUUAAAAUGACAACAAAGUGGAAAUGAGAAAUUUACAUGGCACUUUCUAAUCAAUGGUAAUCAUUAGUUUACAGCAAGAAACGUUAGUAUUUGUUUGGUUUGAUGUAUGCCUUUAAAGUUUUCUCACCUGAGAAUAAUUCUUGAGGUUUCUGCUUGAAUCCGAGUGUUCUGAACAGCUGAAUCUAAUGGUAUGCCAUCCAGGCUACUGCUGGGUUCAUUGGCAAUGUGAACACAGUCAUGUACAGAAUGGUUUCAUUACUUAAAGGACAAGUCCACCCCAACAAAAACUUGAUUUGAAUAAAAAGAGAAAAAUUCAACAAGAAUAACA